CUGUGCAAAUUACUGGUGACAUAUUGAUGGAAUACCAACAAAAAAAACAUAGGGUGAGCUGGAUUUAGAUAAAUAAUAUAAUCUCUGUUCUUUUUUCUGAGGAUAAUAACCAUCCAGGGUCUGGUCAGAUUUAAGAAGUGGGGUUAAAUGGCAAUACAACAACAUGCAAGAAAACUGGGGCUUCCAUUGAUGAAUCUUGUGAGAUUAAAUGGAACUCCCAUUUUAAAACAACUAUAUUUGGAGGAAAAGCUGCUUCGUACAUCGUCGGACAAUUGGUGUAUCAUAAAUGAUGGAGCAGAUACUCCUGCCAUUGUUAUGGGGAUCUCUGGGAAGCCUUCAGAACUUCUUAAAGUUGGGUCUAUCUUACGAGAACAGGUUCCAGUGAUUAGAAGGUUUACCGGGGGAGGCACUGUUGUUGUUGACAAUGGGACUAUUUUUGUCACCUUAAUAUGCAACAAGGAUGCUGUUCCUGGUGUGCAACCAUAUCCCCGUUCCGUCAUGUAUUGGAGUGGUCUGUUGUAUAAUGAAGUAUUUCGAGGGACUGGCGAUUUUCAACUGCUUGAGAAUGAUUAUGUCUUUGGUGAUCGCAAGUUUGGUGGAAAUGCUCAGUCUAUUACCAAAAACCGAUGGAUACACCACACCUCUUUUCUGUGGGAUUAUAAAGUGGGGAACAUGGCCUACCUGAAACAACCUGCCAGGGCUCCUAAGUACAGAUUGGCCAGAGACCACACAAAAUUUAUCUGCCGAAUGAAGGAUUACAUGCCUAGAUCAGUUUUCAUCGAGAAUACUAUUGAGGCAAUCGAAACCUAUUUCUCAGUGCAGCCGGCAAACUUGGAAGCCAUUGACACAUCUUCCGAAGCAAACUUUGUUCAUUCCACCAGACUUCUUACCAAGCAAGAACUUGAGGAAGCUUGUGAAUCUCAGCCAGAGAAUAUUGGUGUCAAUGUCUAAGUUUAUGAUUGAAUAGAAACUUAUUCUAGUUGGGAUUUGGGAACUGAAGAGGGCUGGCUUCACACUUGAUUUGUCAUUGUUUUGAGAGAGAGUAUUUUUCUCAAUUCUUGAUAUGAACAUGUGAGAUACAAUUUCAUUCCUAUGAUGCAUUAAAGUUAUGUAUAAUGUAUUUUUAUAUGUUUUUCUCUGGGACAAUACUACAUUUGCAACUUAAUCUUAUAAAUUUUUUCUUACAAU